UACCUUAGCUUGGGUUUACAAAGUUGGAAAAUUGUUCGGCGCUUGCAUUUGAUAGUUGGCGUGUGUUAAAAACAAAUCGUGUUAUUAUUAACUAUUGUGACUGAAAAACCGUUCAAAAAUGUCGUCUAAGUCAAAAAAGAGUGUGUCAUCAUCCACUCAUGUAAGUGUUGUGUCGUCAGUGCAAAGCCCGCCGCAAUCAAGCACUCCUGUUGGUAGCCGCCCUUCCAGUUCAGCCGGCCGGCCAAGCAGCCCGUUAAGCCCUACAAGGCAUACCCGCCUCCAGGAAAAAGAUGCAUUACAAAAUCUCAAUGAUCGUCUGGCGGCCUAUAUUGAUAAGGUUCGACAACUGGAGAGUGAGAACUCCGGCUUGCGUCGGGAGAUUCAAACAACACAGGAGGUCAUCACCCGCGAGGUUUCCAGCAUAAAGGGCAUGUACGAGCAUGAGCUACAAGAUGCCAGGAAGCUUUUAGACGACACUUCCAGGGAGAAAGCCAAAUUGGAAAUCGACUUGAAGAGGUUAUACGAAGAAAAUGACGACCUUAAAAAACGUUUGGACAAGAAGACGAAGGAUUGGCAGCAGGCUGACAGCAUGGCGCGUCACUAUGAGACCCGCUUUACAGAGGAGAGUAACAAAUACAACACUGCCCUUGCUGACAAGAAGAAGGCUCAAGAUGAGGCCAAGGAACUCGCGAAAGAACUGGAGAAACUGCGCAAGGUGUACGCAGACACUCGCAAGACCCUUGAGGAGGAGAUGUUGUGCCGCAUUGAUAUGGAGAACACCGUGCAGAGCUUGCGCGAGGAGCUCUCCUUCAAGGACCAGGUGUUCCAACAGGAGCUGCAGGAGACGCGCACCAGGAGACAGGUGGAGAUCUCCGAGAUUGAUGGACGUCUGGCUCAGCAAUACGAGGCCAAACUUCAGCAAAGCCUGCAGGAGCUGCGAGAACAACAGGAGGCCAAUAUUAAGGCGAAUCGCGACGAAAUCGAAGCUCUGUAUGAAAAUAAGAUGAAGAACCUACAGUCUGCCGCAAACCGCAACAACAGCGCGGCUACGGUUGCAGUGGAGGAGCUACGCACGAUGCGCACGCGCAUCGACUCGCUCAACGCCACUCUCAAUGACCUGGAGAACAAGAACGCAGCGCUCAGUAACCGCUGUCGCGAAUUGGAGCGCCAGUUGGAGUCGGAGCGCGCCCGCCACGCGGAGGACUUGGCGUCCCUGGAGCAGGAGUUGGCGCGAUUGCGCGACGAGAUGGCGGCGCAACUGCGCGAAUACGCCACGCUGAUGGACAUCAAGAUCUCGCUCGACCACGAGAUAGCCACGUACCGCGCGCUGCUCGAAGGCGAGGAGGACAGAUUGAACCUGACAUCCCAGUCCCCUGGUCGCGAGUCCCGCGGCUCAAUGAGCGCUUCCGCGAGCGCCAGCGGUGGUCGCAUAACUCCAGGCCGUCGCGCCACUCCGCUUAGAGCCGCCCGCAAACGUACACUCUUAGACGAGAGCGAGGAGCGUAGCUUGCAGGAUUUUAGCGUGACAUCCAGCGCUAAAGGAGACUUGGAAGUCGCUGAGGCGUGUCCCGAUGGCAGCUUCGUCAAGAUCAGGAACAAGGGGAAGAAGGAGCAAAGCCUUGGUGGCUACCAGAUCAUUCGCAAGGCUGGUGAUCAGGAAACAUUGUUCAAGUUCCACCGCACUGUGAAACUCGAGCCGGGAGCGAUCGCAACUGUUUGGUCAGCCGACGUCGGAGCGGACCACGAUCCACCACGCGACAUCGUCAUGAAGGGACAGAAGUGGUUCGUGGCUGACAACUUCACCACUGCGCUGCUGAAUAAUGACUUGGAGGAGGUGGCGGUUUCGGAAAGGCAGCGGCGCCAGAUUAGCACAAGCGCACAAAGACACCGCGAGAUGGCGCACAAAUUCCCUCGCCGUGAACAGAUUGGAGAGAUUCGCGAAGGUGAUGAAAAUUGCCGCAUAAUGUAACGUAUGCCGGACAAUGCGCCGCGUAGUUGCUGGUGCAAUUUUUUUAAUUACAUGGUGCCUCACCACUCCUUAGGUUUCAAUUUCGCCCUAUGGGCUAUCUCCUACCAUAUUUACUUAAAACAAGUAUUAUCCCCGGCUCGAUGGCUGACGUGACUCCAUAGAGGGGUAAGAUUGACGAUGUUUGAUGAAAACGCUACUUAUUCAAGACGUGCCUACGCAUUCUUGCCCAUCUAUUGUGACAUUGCGGUGCCUUAAAGUUUAAAAAAGACGUUGUGUAUUCGACUUUAAAUUUUACAUCAUAUUUUGUAAAAUGUUAUCUAGUAAAUCACAAAUUAUUAACUUCACUGCCCUAAAUGGCAUCUCCUUCGUUAAAGUCAAGAUUUAGUGAACAAAGUACAAACAUUAAUCGUUCACUGUCAUUAUUGGUAAGCAUAGAUUAUAAUUAAUACGUACGUAACAUCCCCACCCAUUAAUUUGCAUUAGAUGGAUAAAUAUUUGAGUCAUUAAUAAAAACAAACACGUUUCUUAACACCACAUCAGUAGAUUAAAUCUACACAAUUCUCUAUUUUCGUAGUAAUUAUGGACUAGUAAUAUAGUUUGGUUAGAUUUAAGACAGAAUUGACGUAUCACACCCAUUGUCAAUUUACGCUGGCCGCAUAUGGAUAUUGUAUGAGAAACCAGUCUCCUUAAAGCAGUACUUUAAAUAACUUUCAUACCGAUUUUCCUUCUGAACAGUAGCACAAGCAAACCUUUUUCCUUCAAGCUACAAGAUAUUGCAAAAUUACUAAGCGCUUAAGCGACUAAAUAGUUCAAGCGAUAAUAACCAAUGUGCGAUCAGCUUUAGAUUAGGUGGCGUUUGUCAUAAUAUUAUUAAAUGCUAUUUUUAUAUUAACACAGUUAAAUGCAGGUGCAAGUCUCAAAUGCUAAGAUUUUUCACAAUAAAUAAUCAUAAGAUGUAUUAAGAGCAUUUAUGAUAUAAAUAUGACGCGUAUGGGUUGUCAUUAUUUUUCUUUAAUCUAAUAUAUUUAUAUCAUAACGAUUAUGGAAUUAUAAGAUUAUAUUAGGAUAAAUCGAUUUUCACAUGGUUAUUUUCUAUUAUUAAAAAGAGGACAGAAUCUGA